AAACAUUCCGGAAGUGGAGGGCCGGGCCAGCGUGAUUGACAAGCGGGAACCCCUGUGUGGGGACGGGUAGGCCUAGGAAGGUUGUGCCUGCGGUGGAACUGGGCGGUGCGCAGGAGUGGGCAUUAACAGCAGCCGCGUGUCUGGGUCUUAGAUUUGGCCCAGCUGUGUUGAGCUUUUCAUGGAUUAUCUUACGUAGAUAAGACACUGCAACAGUCCAUGGCUAAUGAAACACAGAAGGUUGGUGCCAUCCAUUUUCCUUUUCCCUUCACACCCUAUUCCAUCCAGGAAGACUUCAUGGCAGAGCUGUACCGGGUUUUGGAGGCUGGCAAGAUUGGGAUAUUUGAGAGUCCAACUGGCACUGGGAAGUCCUUAAGUCUUAUUUGUGGGGCCCUCUCCUGGCUCCGUGACUUUGAACAGAAGAAGCGUGAAGAAGAGGCACGACUCCUUGAAACUGGAACUGGCUCCUUACAUGAUGAGAAAGAUGAAUCCCUGUGUCUAUCUUCCUGCGAAGGGGCUGCAGGCACCCCGAGGCCUGCUGGAGAACCGGCCUGGGUUACUCAGUUUGUGCAGAAGAAAGAAGAGAGGGACCUGGUGGACCGACUAAAGGCGGAGCAGGCCAGGAGGAAGCAGCGAGAAGAACGCCUGCAGCAGCUGCAGCACAGGGUGCAGCUCAAGUAUGCAGCCAAGCGCCUGAGGCAGGAAGAAGAAGAAAGAGAGAAUCUCCUCCGCCUCAGCAGGGAGAUGCUAGAGACAGGCCCGGAGGCUGAGCGGCUGGAGCAGCUGGAGUCUGGGGAGGAGGAGCUGGUCCUCGCCGAAUACGAGAGUGAUGAGGAGAAAAAGGUGGCGAGCAGAAUGGAUGAGGAUGAGGAUGAGGAUGACCUGGAGGAAGAACACAUAACUAAGAUUUAUUACUGUAGUCGGACACACUCCCAGCUGGCCCAGUUUGUGCAUGAGGUGAAGAAGAGCCCCUUUGGCAAGGAUGUUCGGCUGGUCUCCCUUGGCUCCCGGCAGAACCUUUGUGUAAAUGAAGAUGUGAAAAGCCUAGGUUCUGUGCAGCUUAUCAACGACCGCUGCGUGGACAUGCAGAGAAGCAGGCACGAGAAGAAGAAAGGAGCUGAGGAGGAGAAGCCAAAGAGGAGGAGGCAGGAAAAGCAGGCAGCCUGCCCCUUCUACAACCACGAGCAGAUGGGCCUUCUCCGGGAUGAGGCCCUGGCAGAGGUGAAGGACAUUGAGCAACUGCUGGCCCUUGGGAAGGAGGCCCGGGCCUGUCCCUAUUACGGGAGCCGCCUUGCCAUCCCUGCAGCCCAGCUGGUGGUGCUGCCCUAUCAGAUGCUGCUGCAUGCGGCCACUCGGCAGGCCGCGGGCAUCCGGCUGCAGGACCAGGUGGUGAUUAUCGACGAGGCGCACAACCUGAUCGACACCAUCACGGGCAUGCACAGCGUGGAGGUCAGCGGCUCCCAGCUCUGCCAGGCCCAUUCCCAGCUGCUGCAGUACAUGGAGCAAUACGGGAAGCGUUUGAAGGCCAAGAACCUGAUGUAUCUGAAGCAGAUCCUGUAUUUGCUGGAGAAAUUCGUGGCUGUGCUAGGGGGGAACAUUAAGCAAAAUCCCAAUACACAGAGUCUGUCACAGACAGGGACGGAGCUGAAGACCAUCAACGACUUUCUCUUCCAGAGCCAGAUCGACAACAUCAACUUGUUCAAGGUGCAGCGAUACUGUGAGAAGAGCAUGAUCAGCAGAAAGCUCUUUGGAUUCACUGAACGGUACGGAGCAGUGUUCUCAUCCCGGGAGCAGCCCAAACUGGCUGGGUUUCAGCAAUUCCUGCAGAGCCUGCAGCCCAGGACGACUGAAGCUCUUGCAGCCCCUGCAGACGAGAGUCAGGCCAGCACCCCCCGACCAGCAUCCCCACUGAUGCACAUCGAAGGCUUCCUGGCAGCUCUCACUACGGCCAACCAGGACGGCAGGGUCAUCCUGAGCCGCCAAGGCAGCCUCAGUCAGAGCACCCUGAAGUUUUUGCUCCUGAAUCCAGCUGUGCACUUUGCCCAAGUGGUGAAGGAAUGCCGGGCAGUGGUCAUUGCCGGGGGGACCAUGCAGCCGGUGUCUGACUUCCGGCAGCAGCUGCUGGCCUGUGCCGGGGUGGAAGCUGAGCGCGUGGUGGAGUUUUCCUGUGGUCACGUGAUCCCUCCAGACAACAUCCUGCCCCUUGUCAUCUGCAGCGGGAUCUCCAACCAGCCACUGGAAUUCACGUUCCAAAAAAGAGAGCUGCCUCAGAUGAUGGACGAGGUGGGUCGCAUCCUCUGUAACCUGUGCGGUGUGGUUCCUGGAGGGGUGGUCUGUUUCUUCCCCUCCUACGAGUACCUGCGCCAGGUCCAUGCCCACUGGGAGAAGGGUAGCCUGCUGGGCCGUCUGGCUGCCAGGAAGAAGAUAUUCCAGGAACCAAAGAGCGCACACCAGGUGGAGCAGGUGCUGCUGGCAUAUUCCAGGUGCAUCCAGGCCUGUGGCCAGGAGAGAGGCCAGGUGACAGGGGCCCUGCUCCUCUCUGUGGUUGGAGGAAAGAUGAGUGAAGGGAUCAACUUCUCUGACAACCUAGGCCGGUGUGUGGUGAUGGUGGGCAUGCCCUUCCCCAACAUCAGGUCUGCAGAGCUGCAGGAGAAGAUGGCCUACUUGGAUCAAACCCUCCCCAGAGCCCCCGGCCAGGCACCCCCAGGGAAGGCUCUGGUGGAGAACCUGUGCAUGAAGGCCGUCAACCAGUCCAUAGGCAGGGCCAUCAGGCACCAGAAGGAUUUUGCCAGCAUAGUGCUCCUGGACCAGCGAUACGCCCGGCCCCCUGUCCUGGCCAAGCUGCCGGCCUGGAUCCGAGCCCGUGUGGAGGUCAAAGCUACCUUUGGCCCCGCCGUUGCUGCUGUGCAGAAGGUCAGUCCUACCUUUUUCUUUCUGAGAGCCUCCCUACCCCGAGAUCACAUUUCUCACUGCCUUCUGUCUGCCCAGUUUCACCGGGAGAAGUUGGCCUCUUCCUGAUGGGCAACCACACCACCACCUGGCACCGUGCCCUUCCUUUGUCCUGCCUGCUGGAGACAGUGUUUGUCAUGGGCGUGGUCUGCAGGGAUCCUGUUACAAAGGUGAAACCUAGGAGGAGAGUGUGGAGUCCAGAGCGCUGCCAGGACGCAGGCACAGGCGUUAGCUCCCGUAGGAGAAAAUGUGGGAAUCCUGAAUGAACAGUGGGUCCUGGCUGUCCUUGGGGCGUUCCAGGGCAGCUCCCCUCCUGGAAUAGAAUCUUUCUUUCCAUCCUGCAUGGCUGAGAGCCAGGCUUCCUGCCUGGUCUCCGCAGGAGGCUGUGGCAGCUGUGGCAUCCACUGUGGCAUCUCCGUCCUGCCCACCUUCUUAAGAGGCGAGAUGGAGCAGGCCUAUCUGCCUCUGCUCUUUCUAGCCAAGGUUAUAGCUGCCCUGGACUGCUCACUCUCUGGUCUCAAUUUAAAAUGAUCCCAUGGCCACAGGGCUCCUGCCCAGGGGCUUGUCACCUUCCCCUCCUCCUUCCUGAGUCACUCCUUCAGUAGAAGGCCCUGUUCCCUAUCCUGCCCCACAGCCCUGCCUGGAUUUGUAUCCUUGGCUUCGUGCCAGUUCCUCCAAGUCUAUGGCACCUCCCUCCCUCUCAACCACUUGAGCAAACUCCAAGACGCUUUCUACCCCGACACCAGCAAUUAUGCCAAGGGCCAUUAGGCUCUCAACAUGACUAUAGAGACCCCGUGUCAUCACGGAGACCUUUGUUCCUGUGGGAAAAUAUCCCUCCCACCUGCAACAGCUGCCCCUGCUGACUGCGCCUGUCUUCUCCCUCUGACCCCAGAGAAAGGGGCCGUGGUCAGCUGGGAUCUUCUGCCACCGUCAGGGACAAACGGGGGCAGGAGGAAAGUCACUGAUGCCCAGAUGUUUGCAUCCUGCACAGCUACAGGUCCUUAAUUAAAAGUGUACUGUUGGUUUCUGCUCA